UGGGAAACAGUUCUGGCUACAGAACAGGAGGGAGUUUCGAAAUUAUUUCACGAUUAGCUAAAGUUUAACAUGUAAUACCAUGGCUUUAUUGAAUUUUUGCAACCACCUGAUGUGAGCUAAACAUAGGGAUCCUGUAAUUUCGAUUAACCCUUCGUGAAUGCGUAAUCACGGCGAAGAACUGAUGCUGCCUUUGAGACAUGGAGCUAAAAUUGGAGGUCGUUUUGUCAUCCAGCAUCAAAAGGAAGAAACCAUGGCCGCGAUUCUGUUGGCUUGGGCAGGAGAAGGAGUCUGUGUUCCUGUUAGAUGACAAACGGAUCAGUGAGAUCAACAUGGUGUCUGGUCGCACAAAGAAGAGGACCCCUAAACUCCAUCCUUUGCUCAACAGUGUGGUGAAAAUGGCUUCAUCCCACAAUGGUAUGUGGCUUUGUGGACUAUUGGUAUCAGGAGAGCUCUUUCUGUGGAACAGAGAUAAAGACUUGUUGAAGACUGCUGCAGCAACCCCAGAAGUAGUUCACGUAAUUACUUCUGGUCAAGGAAAUGCCACGAGGUUGUCUCUCCAGGUUUCUGAGGAUGGGAUGUGUGUGCUACUGGUAGCCAUAACAGGGCAAGUCUUCCUGUGGGAGUGUAUGGACGUCAGGGAUUUGAUGGGAGUACGAGAUGGCAAAGUCAAGGGACACUGGGCACAUAUACAGCCCCUUGAGGAUACCAUUCUGCCUUCUCCACAAGACAAAGAAGCAUCCCAACACACAAUUUUUGUAAAGACAGAGGUUAUGGGUGAUGCCUGCUUAUCAGCCUUUGUUUUCACAUCUGGAAAGAACCUAAUCAUUACCUGUCUGAAAAUUCAGUGGGAAGAGGGCCACAUGAGAGUUGGUUCUGUGGGAUAUAGCAUACAGUGGGCCACCAAAACAUACCCCAUGUCUCAUCUCACCCCACCCUGCAAACCAGUUAAGUCUAGAGGGGCCUUGGUGCAAGCCUUCUCCCCAGAUGGCCAACUGUUAGCCAUCGUUCUGAACCAGAGACAGCCAAAGGCUACACAGGUCCUUUAUGUGAGCACACAGAAUUUUGUCUCAGUAUCAAGUUGCCUUGGAGGAUGUGGAAGUAAGAAAAUGGCGAUCCCCUCUAAAUACAUAAGGUCCUACUGGGUUGCCAGUGUGAGCUGGUCAUCCAGCGGCCUUUUCCUGGCUUGUGUUCUCAAGAGAGGCUCCCUUCUUAUGUUGGCUCGCCUCGGAGGGCUUCUCACUCUAACAAGCUCUGGUUGCAAUGUUGACUUUGGGCCUGCACACUUCUUACCCCUGCACCCUCUCAUCACUUACCGGCCAACAGUGUCUGCAGGAAGAGGAGAUGCCUCUCUGUCCAGUUCUAGCUUGUCUGUGCGGGAUGUUCUGAGGCAGCGGUAUUCUGUGACCUGGCAUCCACGGCUGUUGUAUCUCAUUGUGUCUGACGGCUACAUGGCCACGGUUAUGAGGGUGCUAGAUAGGGCCUCUCCUGCCAUGUUGCUAAAAGCACUUCUUAAGGACACAGGCAAGGAUCUUGAGAAGGCCAGCCGGAUACUGGAUAAAUCACAGAUUCAUGUAAGGGCUUGGUUGGAGUCUGUGUCUUGCCUGAAUCUUGACAGCAGCCUUGAGGCACUCAACCCCAUUGUUACAUGUGGGCCCAACACCACAGACUCUGUCUUUUCAGCAGCUGCAGAUGGAUCCACUUUGCCACUUUUCCUGCAGGACCAAGGGACAUUGGGGGGAACCAAGGAGCUUCUUGGAAAAGUACAGGCUUUCUUUGAGGAUGACUCUGAUUUAGAGGGACCCCCUGCUGGUUCUCAUCUGGAGGAUGGCGGUCGUUUAGAGUUUGCCUCCAUGUUUGACACACUCCACGCCCUGGACACACACACUGACACUGGACUUGUUAGUGGUCCAGAUUAUGAAAAGGACUUUGUUGAAACAGAGAGGAAGACUCCUCUUAUUCAUCGUGAACUUGGGAAAAUCCAGAGUAAGCUGCUAACAGCCUGGGCUUUUAGCAUGUCUCUAGGAAAUGCUGUGGAAGAUAGAGCUCGUCUGUUGAAGCAUACCCUCUAUUGUGUGGUGCGAUUUGCUGCUUUACUCCAUUUGAUCCCCAGCUCCAUGGUCCACACAGGAAAAAAGAAUAACUCAGUUUCUACUUCCCUCCUUCAUCUUAUCAAAGCCCUUCUAUCUUUUCUUCCCUGGGAUAGCACUCAUUCAGAUGGGCCAUGCUGCCUGGGACUGGUGGUAGAGCUCACUAAACGACUGGUACGCCUCCUGCUGACCCCUUACCCUGAGUCCUACCAGACCGGUCACUGUCAGCUAUCAUCUCAAUGUCUAUCCACCACCCUGCAUAUCUUGCAGCUGGUCUCCAAUUCUCUUGACCACACCUACAGCCUGCAGCAAAGAACUGUGUGGUCCUCUGCAGAGAAGGAAUCUCUUUCCCAGCCACUACAGCUCUGGCCAUCAGAUGUACACUAUGUGCCUCUGCUACAGGAGGAGAAGGAAAAGAGACUCAGCUUGCUACAUCAGGCACAACCUGUUCCGCAGCGACCAUCCAGCAGAUUGGUGGGAGUGUGGCAGUGGGUGUAUAAGAUCACCCAGCAGUAUCUGGAAGAACUGAAAAGCUUUAAAGGCUGCGAUGGCUGGGAGGAGGAACAGGAACAGCUGUCUUUCAUCAUGUCACAGAUCCAAACAGCUCUGCAGGCUACAGGAGAAAGGCUAGAGGAGGGCCCUGCACUGCUGAGUUACCUAGGUGAACAUCUUUUCCUGGAUGGCUUGUAUCCAAAAAGCGCUGAUGCUUGGCAGUCGCAAAUUUGUGAAGAGAUUAGCAAAAGUUGUGAUCGUAGGGCCUUCCAGGAGGCACGGCUUUGUCUGGCACUCCUAUACAGUCUCUUGUCCCAGUACCGUCUAAGGGAAGCCCAGGAGUUGGGGGACCACAUGGCCCGCCUAAUACUGCACAGGGCCGGACACCAGAAGGACAACUUGACUUGCGUAACAGACUCUCUUCCUUGCCCGUGGCUCCCGAUGGACCUUCACAGUGAGGCAGCCUGUGCAGUGAUUCAGAGCCUGGGGAGAUUCAUGGCCACUUACUUCACCACCCAACCCCUCCACAUCCUGCCCCCUCACAAUGUGGCCAUCCUGCCUCCACUACAUGUACCUCAUGCCCCCAGUGUUGGGCGCUUGGUGCCACUGUGCCAGGAGGAGGGGGCUACAGCAGUUCGACGACAGCAUCUGUCAGAAGUAUGGACAGUGGACUAUGCCCAGGACCUGCUCCUGCUAGGGGGUCUACUUCCUGAGGCUGUGUGGUUGGCUUACCAUCUCGGGGACUGGAAAACAGCGGUGUCUCUGAGUCUGGCCUAUACAAGCUAUUGCACUGACCACUUUGACUUUACUCGGCUGAGGUGGAGAGAGCUCCACCUCCCAACAUUUUUGGAAGCCGAAAGCAUUUUUCAGGCUGAGUUGGAGUGUCUUCUCGGCAAUAAGUCUGACUCCCUUGAGCACAGAGACAAGGAUGGUGACAAGAGCUUCACAGACCCCUUUGAAGGAGUAGACUGGGAUUUAUUGCAGUUUUCCAUAAAGGAGAUACUUAAAGCAUCAGUCAUGGCUGGAGUGAAUGUUAUGUCUUCACCCUUGUCUUCCUUGCUGGACAAAGCUAAAGAAUUGUGUUCCUGCCUACCUAUGUUGGUGCCCAAUGGACUGUAUCUACCUUCCCCACCUCUUUAUUGCCCUCAGCCUUCCCCCAACACACAGGACCCGAUGGGGACAAUAGGACAGUUUACUGAAGUUGUAUCACGUCACAAAGUGUCUGCGGUUCUCCAAAGAUUACUUUUACUUCUGAGAUCUGCUCAUUGUUGCCAUCCUGCUGCCCAGUGGUACAUCACUCAUCUGCGCCGUGCCAGACACCUACUACACAAGAUCAAGAAGAAGUACUCAUACCCAGCAGCUGCUGAAGAAGAGAGGGCUUUCCCAGAGGGCCUGAUGAAGUUUUGCACCCGCAGUGGAUUCUUCAGACGGGGGCCUAACAAAGAUGGUCAUUUGGACCCCGAUACCAUCCAAACUAUAAUCUGUUUCAGGGAGUUGUGUGGUUUAUGCUGGAUGCUGCAUGUCAGGGACCAGCUCUCCAUUUCCUGUAGGAAGUAUCAGGCGAACAGACAGCAUGGUAGAGAUGAACAGAUCCCUGGUCAUCCCGAAGUGAUCUCUAGCUGCAUUGAUGCUCUCCGCUGGGCCUGUCGUUUCCUGCCUUUCUCUCACUUCCUCAAUGCUGAAGAAAUUCUCCAGGACGUACUGCUCAGCCUUGUGUCCGAUCUACCUCCCAUCUCUUUGGUGGCAGACACGCUGGUGCGAGCCUUCCCAGAGGAGGAAGAGUCUGUCAGAGUCCCACUGAGAGAAAAGUAUAACUCACUGCUGCAGAGACUCAGGCAAUGCAUUGUCCUUGAAGCGGAGAAAGAGGAGGUGAAUGAGUUAAUGAUGAUUCAGAUUCAAGACAAACACAGGCAGAGGAGAAAACAUCUUGGGCGUUUGCGGAGGCACCUGGCCCCUCCUGAGCUCCAUCUGUGGGAGAAAGAAGAGGAAGAGGAGGAUAAGGGAAGCAAACACAGGAUGGCCAUGUUAAAGCAACUUUCACUGGGUACAAGUCUGAGCAACAGCACUUUAACAGACUGUGGGUUCCCCCCAGUGUGCAGUGAUGGAGACACAGCAGAGAAUACAUCAGCGGCUAUCUCCCCUGAACAGCAUUGCCGACCCAUGACCAGGGACAAAAAAUCAUAUAAAGUAAGAGACAAAGAAUAUGCUGUUAAGAUUGAAAGCGCCAUUCAGGAGGAGAAUUACCCAGAUGAUACCGAGGGGAAUGAGAAGUCCUCUCUACCAGUGGUUGGCACCUGGGAGUUUGAGUUGGAGGAUGAAGAGUAUCUAAACUUCCUGGAGCUCUUCCUCAGCUACGUGUUAGAGAAGGAUAGUGCUGAUGGAGGGAACUCGGGCAGUGAACUUCCUUUGCUGAAGGGCUUCUCCUCCCAGCUGAGGGAGAGAGAGUUGCAUUCUCUCACUUUUGAUGUGCUCACAACUGUUCAUCGCCGUCAAAGGGAUGGGCACCAUCCAGGGAGAAAACACUGGGGCAAUGAACCUCCAGUGUUCAGAGCUGGAUGCUGCUACAAGCCCAUCAAACAAAGUACAACCCCUGAAGUGCAAACGUCUUCCAUCGGGAGUGAAGGCCCCUUAUCCAGAGCUAGCCCUUUUGUCAGCUCUCUUCCUGGGCUGAGAACUGGCAGGCAAAAAGGUUUGUUUGGCCUCCGACAGCAAAGCAGUGUGCCUUUAGUCCAAAGAAUGAAAGGAGGCCACUCUGGUUCUGAAAAUAACCCUAUUCAAAGUGCCUUUCCCAUGAGGCAGCCAUCAGAGAGCUUGGUAUUAGCCUCUUCAACUUCAGUGGAAGCUGUGGUUGAACUGCAGCAGGGCCUGGACCCUAAAUUAGAGGCUCAGUUUCCAGAGCUGGGUAGGCUACUGGAGUGGAUGGUACGCUGGGCUGAUAGGAGGGUGCUACUGGGACAUCAUGGCAAAAAGAAGAAAGAGAGGGGAGGAGGGGUAGGAGGAACAGCUGAGGAAGGAGUAAUGAUUCGAGUCAAAGCCUCAGCACCUGCUGUCCUCACUUCCCUCAGCUUGCUGGAGUGGAGGUACACUGCUCUACUCAGGACAGACGACUACAGUACUCACAUCCAAGUUCCAGAAACACAAUGGACUGUAGCCCCUGUGCUGCAGCCUGCGGUGGACAGGAAGCUGGAGAGAGAGAGCAGUGUUGAUACAGGCUACCCUGGGUCAGCCAACACUCCCAUCAUUGGUCUUGAUUACAAUUUACAGCAAGGAGAAUUGUCCAUUGGUUCUACAGAUGAACCAGAGGAACUGACAUGUCACAGGAUGGCUCUUCCUAAUGAACAGGAUCAACUGACUUUUGAUGCUCAGCAGAGAAAAUCCAGUUCACAAAAACCAUCUCUCGAUGACUUAGAUGUUACACCUGAAAAAGAAUGCAAAAGCAGUGGCAGUGAGGGAUUUCAGGUGUCAUCCUCUAUUUCCCAUGGAAACAUCUCUGAAAACAUCUGCACACCUGAAACGAGUUUAAAGCUUGCAGAGCUGGACUUCUCAGAAAAUGCCGAAGAUAUGUCCAGUUCCACUUCUCUAAGUCAAGUACAAGCUCCUCCACACCCAGAGCCCCAAACUCUUCCUACUGUCCAGACUGAGGCCUUGGUUCAUGCAGAGCUUACUGAUUCGACUGGAAUGCUGCUCCCCAAUACACCUGUAGAUCCUCCAAGCCUUCAGCCACAAAGCUCCACGGCUGGUGGACACACUCAUGUUUCUACAGCCCCCGGUCAGCCGUCAUCCAAUCAGACUCCACCAAUGAGACAGCGACUGGGCGAAGACUUAUUUAGAUUGGUUCAGCAUAUCAACUACAUGAGCCUGAUGGAGGUUUUGGGGGCUUCAUUUUCCAACCUGCAACUCGCCCAGCAGAGCUCUUCUUUGGCUCAGUCGAACAUGAACUCCUCACACCCUACUGUGUCAUCAUCCUAUGUAACCAAUUCCAUCCCUCCGCCAAAUGCCUUACCUGUUCAAACCACCAUUUCUGUGACACCCCAGACACAGGCAAAUGUUCCAUGUUCAGGAUCCAACAACCCUCACUUCAGUCAGGCCCCUGCAUGUAUGUUUGCAGAGCAGCCUGCCGUACAGAGCUCAGGGAAAACCUUUCCAAGAGGUGGCCAGUGUCAGAUCACCAGGAAACUACCCUCCACUGCCAAUGGUGCAGAUGCACAUGAUCAGGAAAUUCAGCCACUCUCUGUCCAGGCGGAGUCACCAGAAAUCCAGUUCAGACAGAGCAGGAGGUUAAUCCCAUCUUCUCAGGGGCUCCUGUCCACUACUGACAUUAGUCACACUGUUCCCAGUGCUCCUGUGGUACUGCCCUCUAAUGAUAGCAUACAAAAUGACCCUGCAACCCAGGUCUCGGGCCUGAAAUUACUACAGCUCCAGCAUCCUUCAUUGCCCCGGCAGAGUGCCCCACACCAUCCUCCAGCCCAAGGGCCCCAGACGCUGCUCACUGCAAACCCUGCAACUCUUGAAUCCCAUCAGCCCAAGCUUAAACACAAUCACCAAGCUGCCCUAAAGAAGGCAGAAGAAGAAAAAAGAAAUGGGUCUUCAGUUCCAAGAAGACAACUCAGUUUUGAUCAUCCACAUUAUCCAGCUCCCAGGAACUCUCAACCUCAGAUUCAGACAUCAGAGAGGUCCUGGGGCCAGGAGUUCUCGUUACCUUCUCCUGCUUUACAAGCUCAGACACCUGCACCAAUGCAGGGCCUUCGCCUGCUGCAAUUUCAGCCUGUUCCACACAGCAACAUCACAUUCCCUAAACUACCCAUACCAUCUUCUUCUAGGCCCUCUACGGUCAUUGCAGCUCCAAUGGGAGAAACACGUCUGAUCAAGCUUCUACAUGUAGAGUCUGGACCAAAAAUGAUUUUGCCUCUGGCAGCUCCUUCGACCCAAAUGACCCGUCUCAUCUCCAUGGAAGAGUUGACAAGUUCAGUGAGCGGGAGGCAGAGCGCUGAAGAGGCACGACUGCGGUUGCUCAGAGUUGACCCACCUACUGAAAGCACUAGAACAGCUACCACUUCUCCCAGCUCUAACUCCAGCAAGAGGCAGAGGAGGAGAGAGGAAAAGGCGAGGAGGGCCAGAAAAACAGAGGUCACGUUCAGACCAAAUGAGUCUAUCAUUCCUACACAAGAGACAACAGAUGAACCUGUAAAUGAAGAGCCUGUGGUUGCAGGGGAGAUCCCCGCGGGAAACGACUUUGCCAUUCCUCUUGGAUCCUUUGACUCUUUGCUGACUGGUCAGAGAUUAUUGGACAAGGCCAUGUCCACUUCAGCUGAGCUCCAUGCCUUUGCUUCCACAUUUAAAAGACCCCCAGAGUGCCAUGAUGCUUUCACCAACACAGACCCAGCUUGUCCUCCCACACUUGUGGAUAAAGGUGUGUCUGCCUUUGAGACAACUAGUAGCCCUAAAUCGCAAAGUUCACAAAAUGUCCAGGUUUGUAAUGAACAUCCUGUUCAAGACAGUAAGGAGACCCCAAAGAAACCAGUGAAGAUUAUGGAUCUGCAUGGCUGCCAGUUCAUAAGUGUCUCGGAUCUAGAAGACAAAGCACUUCACAAUGAUUUGCCACUGUGUCUCAGCCCAGGGGCACAAGACGUUCCUUCCAUUUGCCCUUCUUCACCUACUUCUGCUCAGCUUCAUGUUCUUGCAACUUCUGUUAUUAGGAGUGCUGCUGCUGAUCCACAACCCUCAAUCACAAUUACAGACGAUCUCCCGAAACCCACCGUUCACCCAGAUAUCCCUGAGGAUUCUCUGUUACCCAUCCACAUUGAGCCCAAUAAAGAUCCAGAGAGAAUCCCCCCACAAGACAUGGCAGAUCCUUCUUACUCUGAGAUCUUUCGAGCCAUAAAGAUGCAGAGCGUUGCACCUCACAGAGCCUCCUCCUCACCUCCUACAGUCUGGUUCUCCUCUCACCUGUCGGAGCUGGACGCCCAGUUGGCUGCACUACAGAACAUUGCAGACUAUCUGGAGAUGGACUUUUCCAACUCCAGGAUGCUGGUGAACACCAUCGAAAAGCUCACCCCAGUCUUGGCUCCUGAUGUGAAGAGUACCAUGGCAGUAAAAAAAAACGUCAGACUGUCUGUCCCACAGGAAGCAUGGACACAACAAUCUGACAUUUUAACUGAACUGAAUGCCUGUGAAGACGAAGAAGAAAAUCAGGGAGACAAAAAUGUGGUUCAUAGUGACUCCUGCGCUCCCGAAAGACAGCCUUCAUUCCAUUUUUUCACUUCUUCUCACGGUCGCAGAGCUGGUCCUUCCUACCUUCACAACCCUUCGAAAAUUAAAGAUCAGUGGACUGAAGCAUCUGGAAUGUCUCAUGCAUGGGAAGAUGAGGAUUUAGGUCAGACUGGGCUAUCGGAUACAGCAGAAAUCUUAGACGAGUUGGUAAAGGAAGGGUAUUUAUCCCUGACUGACCUGGAUUUGUCCACUUCACAGACUACACACCAUAGCAGCAGGCUGGAUCAGCAGCAAAGUAGCUGGACGUCGCAGAAGAGUGUCCUUCCAGAGGAUGAGAGGAGAGAGCUGAGGAUCUGGAUGAAAAGGAAACAGAGAGAAAGACUGGCUGUUUAUCAAAAACACAGAGAAAGCCUGAGGGAGAGGGAGCUUAAACCUUUUUCUGCCUCUGGAAAAAUGAAAUCAACAAACAGAAACCGAGCAACCACUUGGAGAACCAGAGAGGAAAAAGAAAAGUUCAUGCUUCUGGAGCAAUACAACCAGAGAACACGUGAAGCUUGUUCUCUGGCCAGUGGCUUCCCCACCAGUCCUCCAAUCCUACACAGUUCUUCACAACCUGACGGCCCUCCAUUGCCCUCCACCUCCACUCCACCCUCUGGCAGCACUCACAGGGCUUACAGUGUCUCUUCCAAUGAUAAAAGAACACUUAAACCCCAGUCAGGACAAACUCAGCCCCACCUUUGUUCACGGACUGCUGAGGACCAGGGAUGGCCUUUGGAGGAUCAUUGCAGGAGACUGGGACUACAUAGACCAGCUACCUCUCUGCCAAGGGACCGUCUGUCUCAGGUGACCAGGCGGGGCAUGCUCACGGACACGAAGAGCAAAACUAAACUGCUCACAACCAGCCAGAGCGAGGAACGACAAGUCGGAUAUCAGAGAAAGACAUGGUUGAGCAAAAGGCCUUCGGGAGGGACUGCUGUAGGGAGAGGAAUCCAGAGGGAACAGAGGAAGACUGAAGACAGAGAAGAGGUGAACCUUUGGGAGCCAACCUCAGAACUGAAUAGGCUGCUGGGUCUAGAAGAGUCAGAGUCUAACACAGUUUUGGCUGGGCUGUUGGAUGAGCAGGAUGAGGGUGCCAGAGCUGGUGUGUCAGGGAUGGACUGGCUGGACAACCUGUCUGAGAGCGCCAGCAGCAGCCUCAGCAAAAUAGACUGGGCUGCUAUCGAGAGGAUGGUGGCUGCAGAGGAAGCUUGAGCUUUAGUGGCUCAGGUAAAGGAAAAACAGUGCCAUGUUGACUAUAAAAAAUAGAUGUUGUAUCACGGAAAAAAACUUCCAAGAUUUUAUGUGCCUAUUAAAUGUAAAUCAAAAAUAUUGUAAACUGUGAUAAUAUAAAUUAUUUAUAUUUUUAAUAGAUUACAUAUGAUCAGUAGUGAUAUUAAAUAUGUCAAGACAGAUUGAUUUUUUUAUUUGUAAAGUAAGCCUACAGUAAAUUAUGUGAUGUAAUCACUUUCAUUUUCAUACACAAUUUGUAAUAGAAUAUUUGUCUUACUGACAGCUGCAGUGAUGUCUUCUCGAAAAUGUAGAUUUGUGACAUUUGUGUGUAUGUGUGCUAAUGUUUUUAGAUUUAUAGUUUAUUUUUGUACAGACUUGUCUACCUGGCAAUUAAAU